AUGGAUAUUGAGGUGAUUCGCAACAAGAAAGGUCUUAGUUUGUCUCAAAGGAAGUAUGUUCUUAAUCUUUUGACUGAGACUGGGAUGCUAGGUUGUAAACCUGUGGAUACUCUCAUGGAUCCUCAUGUAAAACUUGGAGCUUCUAAUGACAGGGAGUUUGCAGACAAACACCGAUACAAGAUAAAAAGACUUAUUUAUCGACGCCAUGGUCACACUGAUAUCAUUGGUUAUUCUGAUGGGGACUGGGUUGGUGCCGAUGGUGAUCGGAGAUCUACUACUGGCUAUUGUACAUUUGUUGAGGGAAAUCUUGUUACACGGAAGAAUAAGAAACAGACUAUAAUAGCUGGAUCUAAUGCUGAGGCUGAGUAUAAGGCCACAGGCUGA